AUGGCAGAGUCUAUUGAGAUGGAAAUUCAGACUGCAACUGAAGCGGCGGCUAAGCCAAACUUUAAGCCACUGAAGGCUCAUGAGAUGUCUGACGGGAAGGUUCAGUUCAGAAAGGUUUCGGUCCCACCAAACCGGUACUCUCCUCUGAAGAAAGCUUGGUUAGAUAUCUACACGCCGGUCUACGACCAGAUGAAGGUCGACAUAAGGAUGAAUCUCAAGUCCCGCAAGGUCGAGCUCAAGACCAGAGCUGACACAUCCGAUGUCAGCAAUCUUCAGAAGUCUGCGGAUUUCGUACACGCUUUCAUGCUAGGUUUCGACAUCCCUGACGCUGUCUCGCUUCUGAGAGUAGACGAGCUUUACGUGGAGUCCUUUGAGAUCAAGGAUGUCAAGACCCUCAAAGGGGAGCAUCUGUCCCGAGCCAUCGGGAGGUUGUCGGGGAAAGGAGGAAAGACCAAGUUUGCUAUUGAGAACUCUACGAAGACGAGGAUUGUGAUUGCAGACACGAGGAUUCACAUCUUGGGAGCCUUCUCCAACAUUAAAGUGGCAAGGAAUUCGCUGUGCAGCCUUAUCAUGGGAUCUCCAGCUGGAAAGGUUUACUCCAAGCUCCGAUCCGUCUCUGCCAUAUUAGCUUAA